UUUAUAUUUUUUACCAAACCCACUCCUCUCUCCAUCCAUCCAUCCAUCCGAGAGACUGAGACUGAAACCAUGAGUAGUCGUCUUUGCUGCUGCUUCGUCUUCUUCCUUUUGUUGUUAUCUUCGAUCCACGUCCUACGAGCCCAACAAUCAUAUCUCAAUAAUCAUCAGUUCGCCUGCUACAACGGCAGCUUCAAUUAUACUACCAAAGGCUAUGUCUGCAACGGCCUUCAGUCUUCCUGUCAAUCCUACCUCACUUUCAGAUCAACCGCCAUCUAUGACUCCGCCGCCACCAUCAGUUACCUUCUCGGAGUUCAACGCUCUGCCCCUCUAAUUGCUUCCAUCAACAACUUCUCCUCCGACGUCGCUCGCAUCCCUCCGGACACCCUUGUCAUCAUUCCCGUCAACUGCUCCUGUAAUGGCGGCAAAUACUACCAGUAUAAUGCUUCUUACACUCUCAAAGACACAACGGAGACCUACCUCUCGGUGGCCAACUUGACAUACCAAGGUCUCUCCACUUGCCAGGCUUUGAUGGAUCAGAAUCCUUACGAAUCUCACAACUUGCAGGUUGGUUACGAUAUUCUAGUUCCGUUGAGGUGUGCCUGCCCCACUCCCAACCAGACGGCGGACGGGUUCAACUACUUGCUCACAUACAUGGUUACAUUGGGGAAUACCCUUAAUUACAUUGCCCACUUAUUCAAUGUUGAUACGGUGCAGAGACUAUUCUACGGGAACAAUUUGACUUCCGACCUCAUUUACCCCUUCACGCCCAUCCUGGUUCCUCUCAAGUCCGAACCCACUUUAAUUGCGGUGUCACCACCACCCCCGCCAGCGGCGCAGUCUCCUCAAACGCCCACCGUUUCCGUUGACAAUUCCAACUCAUCUAACAAAUGGGUGUUUGUGGGUGUUGGAAUCGGAGCUGCUUUGCUCAUCCUUGUUGCUCUCUCCGGACUUUCAUUUUGGUGUCUUCGUCGACGCCGGUACCACGAGCCGAAGCCGGAUUCCAGUACAGCGCAGAAGAUAGUUUCGGGAUCUACAACCGAUUACUCGGCCCCACCGGAGAGCAAUUCCUGGUCUAUUGGGGUUCGAAAUGCUAUCGAAUCCUUGACCGUUUACAAAUUCGCAGAACUUGAAGCGGCGACCGGGUAUUUCAUGGAAGCAAGUAGAAUCAAAGGCUCUGUAUACAAGGGAUGUUUCAAGGGAGAUGAUGCUGCAGUGAAAGUGAUGAAAGGGGACGUGACGAGUGAGAUUAAUAUAUUGAAGAAGAUAAAUCAUUCUAGCGUUAUCAGGCUCUCUGGCUUCUGUGUCCACGACAGCAACACUUACCUUGUCUACGAGUUUGCCGAGAAUGGCUCUCUUAGCGAUUGGAUUCACCUGAACAAGUAUCAAGACUCUACUCCUGCCCUGUUAUCAUGGACGCAGAGAGUUCAGAUUGCCCAUGACAUUGCUGACGCCCUUAAUUACCUCCACCACCAUGUGAAUCCCCCUUAUAUCCACAAGAACCUGAAAACCAGCAACAUUCUCUUGGAUGCCAGCCUCAGAGCCAAGGUUGCUAAUUUCGGGUUAGCAAGAACAGUUUCUAAUGGGGAUGAAGGAGGCAUGCAAUUGACAAGGCAUGUGAUUGGUACCCAGGGCUACAUGGCCCCGGAGUAUAUUGAAAACGGAGUCAUUACUUCCAAACUAGAUAUUUACGCGUUUGGGGUAGUAAUUUUGGAGCUCCUAUCUGGGAAGGGAGCUGCUGCCGGUGAUGGUGACGACUUGCUGUCUCUGGUGAUAAACAGGGUGCUUGAAGGAGAAAACGUAAAGAACAAGCUUCAGGGGUUCAUGGAUCCUAGUCUCAAGAAUGAAUACCCCUUGGAUUUAGCCUUCUCCAUGGCUCAGCUGGCUAAGAAAUGUGUUGCUCGUGAUCUGAAUGCCCGACCUGAUAUGCCUGAAAUUUUGAUGAUGUUGUCAAAAAUACUCUCCUCUUCAUUGGACUGGGAUCCUUCUGAAGAGCUUGGACGUUCCAAUUCCCUAAGAACCUAGACUCGAAUCCCAUCAUAAAAUGUCUAUUCCUUCUCAAAAUAUAUAAUAGUAUCCAAAAUAUUGCUUUCGUACCUU